AUGGCGUUUUCCGGACCCCCAGAGAUGAUAUUCGGCUGCGGCGGCCUCGGCAAUGAAUUUGUCGGUGAGGAAGCCGUGAAAGGGCUCCUUCAAACGCUGAAGGAGGCGGGUGUAAACCGGCUGGACACAGCUGCAUUAUAUCCACCUACAGACAUUGGCGCUUCGCAGCGUCUCCUUGGACAAGUCGGAGCAGCACAACUAGGAUUCGCUAUCGACAGCAAAGUAAUGAUUAGCAUGACUGGCUUCGAGGGCACUUUGGAACCUGAAAAAAUCGUCAAGUCUGCUGCAGAGAGUCGUGAGGCGCUUCGGCUAGCGGACGGCCAACACAUCCAUGUCUUCUACCCUCAUGCGGCGGAUGUGGCCACGCCCUUGAAAGACCAGGCCGCUGGCUUUGAUGCGCAGUAUAGAGCGGGUAUGUUUGACAAGCUAGGAGUUUGUAACUUCUCGGCCGACAUGCUUGCCGACUUCAUCAACAUCUGUGACCGUGAGGGCUACGUGAAGCCGACCGUGUACCAAGGCUUGUAUAAUCUCAUCGACCGCCGACACGAAGGGCCGGUGCUCGAUAUCGUCCGCAAGCAUGGCAUGCAGUUUGUGGCACACAGCCCGCAUGCCAGCGGCUUCCUACACGGUGCACUCACAUCGGGCCAAACCCAGGGAACGCGCUUCGCUGACGGUAAUAUCAUGUCGACGGACGCUCGACGCUAUGACAAGGACAAGUAUCACGAGGCUAUCCGCUCGCUAGACAGGAUGCUAGAUCCGCACGGUAUCCCAAAGACAGAGGUGGCGCUGCGCUGGCUCGCCUUCCAUUCCAAAUUGGAGCCUCGAGAUGGCAUCAUUUUCGGCUCAAGCAAGCUCUCUCAAGUCAAGCUGAACGUGGCAGCAAUUAAGAAAGGCCCACUGCCGGAAGAUAUAGUUGCAGCGCUGGAUGGCAUCUGGAAUAUUGUCAAAUAG